AUGAGGCUGGGGGGUGGGUGUCCUGGACUCCCGGAAUGUAGCGGCGGCGCCGAGACGGAAGAAGGCGGCGGCGCGGCGGCGGUUGUGGUGGUCGGAGUGAAACUUGACUGUCGGAGCCGGGAGCUGCUGACUUGGGCGCUGGUGAAGGUGGCGCAGUGUGGCGAUUGCGUGAUUGCUCUUCACAUCCUCGAUCCGAACGCCGAUAAAUCGACGCUGCUUUCCUUGGUGAAGAAUUUCGAUUCGGUGCUUGCUGCAUAUGAAGGAUUUUGCAACCUAAAGCAGGUGGAUCUGAAGCUAAAAGUCUGCAAAGGAUCUCCAGCGCGUAAAAUCCUUUCCCGGGAGGCCAAAUCGUGUGGCGCAACAAGUCUAAUAGUUGGCACUUCAGAAGUCCAUCACACAGUUCGGUCGAGGAUCUCUGUUGCUAAAUACUGUGCUAAGAGUCUCCCGAGGAAUGUGUCUGUUAUGUGUGUUAACAAUGGUAAGGUUGUAUUCCGAAGAGAAUCAACUCCUUCUACUCGCCUGGAGUUUAGAACUCUUAAUGCAUCAGAAUCAAGAUUCAAAAGGAGGAAAAUCCUGGCGAGAAGCCCACUGAGUUUACCAACCGAAGAUGUUUUAUCACCAUCAAGUAGUGGGACCGAGGGCAUCUCCAUGGCUAUGAUACCCGUUAAGACGCAAGAAUUUCCAGAAUCUAAAUCAACCUGGACGUUACUUCGUAAGGUAUUUUUGCAUGGCCACCAAGUAUCUGAAGCUGCUUCUCCUAAGAAAGCAGUAGCACAUUGGAAAUUUAAACUACCAAGCAGACAAUCUGUUGCAGCUGUUUAUCCUGACCAGAAACAGAUUAGUGCGUCCAUUAGGGGUUAUUGUCGUUUAACUUUGGAUGAAGAGAAGGGUGCAAAUGUGCCGUUUUCAGAUAAUACUAACCAUGAUGCUUGUGCCAAUAAGAUUUUCCUGGAAGAACUUAGGGGCCUUGGGGAGAAAUACUCAACACUUUGCCGAUUGUUUAGCUACCAAGAACUCCUGUUUGCUACAAAUAAUUUUUCACCUGAAAACUUGAUUGGGAAAGGGGGAUGCAGCCGAGUUUAUAGGGGCUGUCUACCAGGAGGCAAAGAGAUAGCUGUAAAAGUCUUAAAGCCAUCAAAGGAUGCCUUGAAACAUUUUGUUUCAGAAAUUGAAAUUAUUACGUCUUUUCACAAAAAGAACAUUAUAUCUUUAUUAGGCUUUUCUUACAAGGAGAGCCAACUUCUUUUGGUAUACAAUCUCUUACCCAGAGGAUGCCUGGAAGAGAAUCUCCAUAGUACUUCAGAAACUGGAAAUGUAAUCGGUUGGGAGGAGAGAUAUAAGGUUGCUUUGGGAGUUGCAGAGGCACUGGACCAUCUACAUAGUGCAUCCGAACCAAUUAUUCAUAGAGAUGUUAAAUCUUCAAAUAUUCUUUUAUCAGAUGAUUUUGAGCCACAGCUGUCAGACUUUGGUCUUGCUGCCUGGGCUUCUAGCUGUUCACAUCAUAUGGAUACUUCUGAUGUAGUUGGAACGUUUGGCUACUUGGCUCCAGAGUAUUUCAUGGACGAAAAACUGAACGAAAAAAUCGAUGUAUAUGCAUAUGGUGUUGUACUCCUUGAGCUCGUGUCAGGUAGAAAGCCAAUUGAUGGUGCACUUCCCAAGGGUCAGGAGAGCUUGGUAUUGUGGGCGAAGCACAUUGUGAAGGAAGGGAAACUUUCAGAAUUGCGAGACCCCAAUUUGAUUGGUGCUUGUGAUGAUCAAUUUGAGAAAAUGGUGUUAGCAGCAACUCUCUGUAUCAGGCACCUGCCUCAAUCACGUCCAGAAAUUAGCCAAGUCCUAAAACUGCUGCAUGGAGAUAAAGAUGUUAUUGAGUGGGCAAGGCAAGAAGCUAAUAAUUCUUCGGAAGAUUUCGAUGUUUCCAGUCGUGACCAAUCAGCAACAAACAUCCAAUCAUUCAUUAAUCUCGCUUUGCUUAAUCUGGAAGAUGAUGUGACUUCCAUUAGCAGCUCUGAGCAUAAUAAUAUCUCGGUGGAUGACUACUUGAGCGGCCGGUGGAGUUGUUCUUCAAGCUUCAAUUAA